UCAAAUUUCGCUGAGUAUUUUGACAAGUUGUCAAAAUGGGUAGCUCAGCUCAGCAACUAUUGUCCGCGACUCUCGGAAUAUGAGACGCUUUUCCCCACGUCAACAAGGCUACAGCAGGCGCUUUCCGAUUUUUACGCUAUUGUAGUGAAGUUUUGCUUAAAAGCACUUGCAAAAAACGAAGUGACCGAGGAGCUGCAGUUGGCAUCUGAACAAGAAGGACAAAGCUUUCGCCGCUUGGUACGAGCAGACAUUGAAGAAAAUAAAACACUACGGAUAAAGCAAAAGGAAACUAAUCAUCUGAUCACUAUAGAGCGUCAGAAGAUCCGAUUACUGAGACAUAUUCCGAGCUAUGACUACACCAGUAGCCUUCACCGAGCACGAGCACUGCGUUGCGAAGGAACGUGUAGGUGGAUUCUCAACCAAUCAGAAUUUCGGAACUGGGUAGAUCAAAGAGGCUCAAAACACCUUUGGUGCUACGGAAUUCGUACGUUAUCCCUAACCGCACGGAGUAGUUGCUAUUCUGCACACAGUGUUAACUUACUUAAAGCUGGUUGUGGAAAAACUGUUCUUCUGUAA